AUGUGUUGCUGGGGGCUGUGUAAAGAUAAUAAGAUCCAAAACCUUCCUUUCCCUCAGAACAAGAUCCUAAGGGUCCGCUACACCCAGCAAGAUGGCGAGAGCCGGACGGUGCACAGCGAUAAGGCCUACUUCAUCCCAGUUCUCAAUCACCCGUUGUCUUCCAAUCGGUACUAUGUUAUACGGGCAACUGGGAAAUACAAAGGGCGAAGCUCAUGGUGUCAAUCACUCUCUUCGCGCGACUUCCCAAUCUCACACAGACAUUCAACUAGCAUUGUAGUAGGAAAGUGGUACAUCCCUUUCAUGUUCAUUAAGGAAGUUGGUACUAGAUCAAAAGAUCAAAUGAAAAAGUCCAUGUUUUAUGAAAUGUAUCUUGAACAGAUGUGGGAUAAGAUCCACAUGUGUGAGAACCAUGGCACCGAACAGAAUGCGGUGGCAGUGAACACAACUGUGAGAAGGGAGACAGCAAAGGUCACCGGUCAGGAAGCCGCCACACGUGUGGUUGAUGGGAUGAUGUGGUUAAGUGGUCCACCUAGUGUGGGAUUGAGUAUGGCAGUUGUAAAUAGAAUGAAAUGGGAUGGGAAAGAGAGAGAUUUGAAGGUGGAGAGGGUGGAAGAGUUUGGAGGAGUGAAUGGAUGGAGGAAGUUUGGUUGUUAUAUGUUAGUGGAGAGGUUUGUUUUGAGAAGGAUGGAUGGGGGUUUGGUUCUAACAUAUGAUUUUAAUCACACUCAUCUAAUUCAAUCCAAAUGGGAGUAGUUUGGUUUAUAUUUGUUUCAUAUUUACUUCAGGACUCUCAAUUCCAUAAGUUUAUAUAUACUAGUGUGUUAAUGAUGUAAAUUUUAUAUGUAGGGUGGUAAGGGAUGUAUUGGAUUGUCUAAUCGGUUUGAUUUUUCAAUUUUGGGUCAUCUAUGUAUGGCCCACUUUUUUAUUUAAUCUGAUCCGUUGUUUCAGUGAUGGUUAGUUUGCAUGGUAGUUCUAGUAAAUCACCUGAGAA